AUGUCAGCAGGAUCUGCCGUUUCAGCCACGCAGAUAUAUUCUGCGAAGUACUCUGGCGUAGAGGUAUACGAGUUUCUGCAUCCGACGGGGUCGAUCAUGAAACGCAAGGCGGACGACUGGGUCAACGCGACGCACAUCCUGAAGGCGGCCAAGUUUGCGAAGGCGAAGCGGACACGGAUUUUGGAAAAGGAGGUGAUCAAGGACACGCACGAGAAAGUGCAGGGCGGAUUUGGGAAGUACCAGGGAACAUGGGUGCCGCUGGACAUUGCACGCAGGCUGGCGCAGAAGUUUGAGGUGCUGGAGGAGCUGCGACCGCUGUUUGACUUCACGCGACGCGAUGGGUCGGAGAGUCCGCCGCAGGCACCGAAACACCACCACGCGUCGAGGGCAGACUCAGCGCGCAAGCGGACCACGAAGAGUCCGCCGUUGCCGCAUGGACAGUUGGAUGCCUUGCCGAAGCGGCGUGGGCGUCCUCCGCGCGCGCGCAAGCUCUCUGACGUUGCAAACGUUGCAGGCCAGACGCAGGUGUAUUCUGACUUUCCCAGGCCCUCGAUACCAGUCUCCAGCAUCUCAUCUAACCAGCUUCCAUCGCUUCAGUCCACAUUACAUCGAAGCAUUAGUAUAGAACACAACCGGAAUAAGGCCCCCCCUCAGCCAAACCACAAAUACGAAGAGCUUGACAUCGAGGAUGGUCUUUCGAGUGAUAUUGAAACAAGCAUUUGCACCAAUAUGGUAUAUGCUGGUCAUAGUAAUGCUCGCUUGCCAAUGAACACAUCUUUGUUGCCUGACAAGGAGGAACCGGGACUAUCCUCCUCGCUGCCCUCUUCACCUAGCGAGUUUUCUGCACCAAUGGUCUUUGAUACACAACGCAUGGGCAGUGCGACAUCUCCUCUGGGUUCAAUGCUUCCGCGCUAUAUGGCUCCGUCGCGACCCCGCACAUCUGAGCUAGACCAGAAGGCAAACGAAUACCUCUCAAAACUCGUUGACUAUUUCAUUAACUGCGAAGUUCAAAACAACGGUGCAGUUCCAAUGGAAUUGCUAAACCCUCCACACUCCUCUCCUUGCAUUGACUCAUGGAUUGAUUCAGAGCAUCACACUGCCUUUCACUGGGCAUGCGCUAUGGGAACUCUUCCAAUUGUGGAGGCCCUUUUACAAGCAGGCGCCAGCCCUCGCGCACUUAAUCAAGCAGGGGAAACACCUCUAAUGAGGGCCUCAUUGUUUCAUAAUAGUUAUACGAAGAGAACUUACCCACGUAUCUUCCAACUGCUUCAAGACACUGUCUUCGAUGUGGAUUCUCGUUCCCAAACCGUGGUGCAUCACAUCGUAAAACGGAAAUCCAACACGCCAUCGGCUCUGUACUAUUUGGAUGUAUUGUUAUCAAAGCUUAAAGACUUCUCACCGCAGUAUCGUAUCGAAACGUUGAUUAAUGCACAGGAUUGCAAGGGUAGUACUCCGCUACACAUCGCCGCUAUGAACAGGGAUAAAAAGUUUUUCCAAACCCUAGUGGGAAAUGGCGCGCUAAGUACAAUCAAGAAUCACGAUGGUGUAACCGCAGACGAACUCAUUAAUAAUAGAUUUGUGAAGACGAUACAGCCCACACAACGCGGUAAUUACCAUGAGAAUAGGGCAUCCCACUCCCCUUUGAAUUCUGCGUCAGCUGCAGGCGGCAUGGUUCCUGCGUCAUUAAUACAUACAGGCGACAUGUAUCCAUCACAAUCUGCAACCAGCGUUUCCAGGGCAAUCCCCGAAGUGAUAAAUCUCAUGAAAGAUAUGGCUGACUCAUAUCAAUUUUUAUAUGAGGACAGGAAUCAAGAAGUGCAAGACGUGGUCAAGAUGCUUAAAAGCAUGAGUGCGACUGUAACAUCUUUGGACAUGAAAGUGUUAGAGAUACUUGAAGUGAAAGACAUGAACAACAUAACAUACGAAAUGGAUUCUUUAAAGGAAAAUAUUGCUGGGUUAAAGCAAAAACUCUCUGAGAAGCAAAAGGUACUUGUGUCAUUAUUAGAGAAAAGCCAGCGUGUGACGCUGAGAAAAUGUGUGGAAGAGGAAAAGAAAGCGAUAGAGAGUGUAAUAGCGGCUCCGGCGGAUGAUGCCACUCACUCCAGCAAGGAAACACUCGCUGAUGACCUACGAGAACUUACUGUGUUGCAAUUGAGGAGGAAGCACAAGAUUAAUCGAUUAAUAGAACUGUUAUGUGGAAACAGCAAAAUUCACAAGUUCAGAAAAAUGAUAUCACAGGGCACUGAUAUGGAUAUAAGCGAAGUGGAUAACUUCCUGGAUGUCAUUUUUCAGCAACUAAAUGAGGAUGAAGAAAACACUAAUAACGGAGGGCAUACCAAUUACAACGGCCAUGUAAGUUGCGCUAUUCUCGAUACUGUUGAAGGUUACGGCAUUGAAAAUAUAGAAAACAAAAGAGGGACAUCGCAGAAUGAUGGACCGGCGAAGUAG